CUGCUUCAAUGCUACUAUUACAAGUUCAAGACCAUACUUCCUCCCUUGAUCACAGUGCAGAUACACUCAACUCUUCUUCAAACCAUGCACCACCUACUGUGCACGAUGCUUCUCAAAAUCUCCCAACGACAAAUGCUUUGGAAGAGCGUGACACAUUGAAACAUGAUAGCUGCUUGGAACAUCCUCUCGUGCCACAGUCUGCUUUAAAGCCUCUGGUAGGCGAAGCUUCUCGUAUCUUGAGGCGGCUGAAAAUUAAUUUACUGGACAUGGAUGCUGCACUUCCUGAACAAGCUCUGAGGCCAUCCAUGUCACAAAUCGAAAGGAGAUUGGCCUGGCGUGCAUUCGUUAAAUCUGCUGAGACGAUAUAUCAGAUGGUUCAGGCACUGAUUGUGUUUGAAGAAAUGGUGAAAUCGGAUUACCUAAGCAAUACGUGGUGGUACUGUUCAUCAGUCUCAGGAGCUGCCAAGAUGUGUACCUUAUCUUCUCUUGCUCUGCGUAUCUACUCCUUGGAUGCAGCCAUCAAAUAUGAGGCUAUAGAAAAGACUAAAGUAGGCGGCAGGAAAGUAAGCAAGAAAGCUUCUUCCAAUUUUGCUCAAUGAAGAAGAAGAAGAAGGUGAUCAGAAUGCUGCCUUCUUCAAGCUUUGAUUUUGUCUCCUCCUCCACACACACUUUUUCUUUUCUGGAAGGACUGAGAAGAAUGCUAACAGGAUAAUACAUACUCUUUUAAGACAUAGAAUUUUUCUCCUUUUCUUCA